CCCGAAUCCUGGGACACUGAUGUUCGAGAAACUCGGGCUCUCACCGCGACCCAGUUACAGCGUCAAUGGGCUGUGCGAGAACGGCCUCGGUAACUCCUUUCAAGUAGAUUCAGCUUAGGGCCUAUCCGUUAAUUGAUGCGCGCCUUGGCGACUCCAUUGCGGUUCUUUCGCACAUAUGCGACGAACCGGAGGCCGAGACUCGAUGCGGCGCUGAGUUUGGACCAUUUCAUUCAACGAACACGGGUCUUGUCCUUCUACAGGGCCAUCAUCCGGAGCACACGCAAAAUCCCAGACACCAAGACUCGCGCUGAGACGCGCAAGUUUGUGAGGGACGAGUUUGAGAGACAUCGCGACGUCAAGGACCUUGGCCAUAUACGGUAUCUCCUGUCGACAGGCAAGACGGAGUGGGAGAACAUGGAGAGGUACAUUAACGGCAUGUAAAAAAAGACAGACAGGUUCCAACCCUCCGGCCCCAGUCAGCUCUACCUUGUCCCCGCAAUCCGUUGCCAAUUCGUGCCGCAAUGGGUCUAUUUUUUCUUUGACGCUCUGCGUAGGUUGUCUCAUCCAGCGGAUGGACCACGGCUGAUUGAGCCGAGUUGUAAAGCCCCAAUCCUUGUCACACCGUCCUCGGCCACUCUAUACCCCGUUGCGCGUAUCGUACAAGAACCCGGCUCCCAGUGGUAUCAGAACAGACGCUUGUUGCAGAACAUCACCGCUUACCCCUGGCGCUGCUUAUGCCUCGGGUUCGCAGGGCAUAUGAUGUAGAGAUAACCAUUGUGCCGCUUGUUCGCUUUCCGCCGGACGAC